GAAUUAAGAGUUCAACUAGUGACAGUGUUAUUGUGGCUUUUCUACUCGUACAGCAUACAGUGUUUUGUAUUAUCAAAUGACUAUGUGGGUGCGGUGUUCCGGAUGAAAUAUUAAUUUCAAAGACUUUUCGGUUUCAGAUGGAAAUGUCGAAGGUCACAAUAUUUUUGUUGAUAACCGUUAAUUGGCUAAUUGAGGCUAGGCCAAAACCAAUAUAUUUUGAAUGUCCUGCUCCAGAAGUGAUCGAUCCUUGCAGCUGUCGGGAGGAAAAUGUCUUCUCAGGGAUACAGUGUGAGGGCGUCCAAAGCUUGAAUACUAUCCAGAGGUCGCUAGGUAACCGGUUCUCUCUACCGAUCCCCUGGUUACACAUUACUAACAGUAAUAUUUUAGACUUGCCUCCCGGCGCUUUCUACAAUAUGUCCGUGUCCCGGCUGUUUAUCAGUGGAAGCAACCUACGGUAUGUGGCGGAAGACGCGUUCGUGGGACUUGAGAAUUUGGCUAUGCUCGUCCUGCAGUAUGACCGUCUGUUCUGUGUCCCCACAACCGCCUGGUCACCACUUGGUCGCUUGAAAACUCUCAGCCUUGCCUCCAACUUCAUCCUGAGAGUGGAACGGAGUGCAUUCAAAGGAUUACCUGCACUAGAAACCUUAAUUUUGACGGGUAAUAGAAUUUCUCACAUCGACAAAGGAGCCUUCCCUCUCACGUUGAAGUUUUUAUCCCUUGCCAGCAACCACUUACUGAAGCUGAACGGCAGCGUAGAGAACCUUCCUAACUUGGAACGGUUAUUCCUUACUGAUAACGAUAUAUCCAGUCUGGAUGGAGAACUUGACGGACUAACCAGAUUAAAAAUGUUUGACGUUUCUCAGAAUGUUAUUAAGAUGUUAGGAAGUGACAUCUUUGUUGACCUUUUGAGUUUGACCAACCUAGAUCUCGGCGAUAACAAGCUGGAGAGUGUUGGAGAUUCUUUACAACCUUUGACUAAUCUUACUCAUCUAAGUUUGUCCAACAAUUACCUCACUGUCCUCUUAGAAAACUCUUUCAGAAACCUAACAGCGCUUCAAGUCCUUGACCUUUCUGGUAAUCGCUUGACCGCUAUAGACCUCUCCUUACGUCAUUUGUCAAAUCUCCGAAAACUAAACCUUACCAGAAAUCGUCUCGUGACCCUUAAGUACUUGGAGUUGAAGUGGCUACAUGGUCUGCGUGUUUUGGACUUAUCCCAUAACAACCUUACAGUCCUUGAGCUCACUGGUCAAGAUCUCGGAAUGUUAACUGUUCUAAAGUUAGCAGGCAACAAAAUAAAGUCCUUCUCGUUUAGCCUGGACAGGAUGACCGAACUGGACAUCAGCUUCAAUGACCUGAAAACAUUUUCAAGUCAAGACUUGGGCAACAAACUUGGACUUCGUGUACUAAAUUUAGAAGGAAAUCCAUGGACAUGCAAUGAUCACCUCACUGAUACAUUUCGUGAAUUAACCAAUCAUGAAGUCCAUGUCCGCGGUGCACCUGUAUGUCCAUUACCAGCCAACUAACCAAUCGUCAAAUCUUUGUCCACGAUACACCCGUGUGUCCAUUAUCAGCUAAUCUUCUAUGUCCGAACACACCUAUGUGUCCAUUACCAGCCAACUAGCCUACCAUUAUGACCAUGUCUGUGGUACAACUGCGUGUCCAUUACCAGCCAACUAGCCUACCAUUAUGACCAUGUCUGGGGUACAACUGUGUGUCUAGUAUCAGCCAACUAGCCUACCAUUAUGACCAUGUCUGUGGUACAACUGUGUGCCCAUUACCAGCCCCCUCGUGU